AUGUUCGGGACAACGCGCGUGUGGCGCAACACGUUCCUCACAAAAUCGGUGGCGACGCCGCCGAUUUCAGUGAUACGCACCGGGCCAAAGUGGUGGGCAGAUCCGGAGCGCAUGGUGCGGCAAAAGCUCAUGUAUUUCACCCUCGGGGUCGAUCAACUUCCGUUGCGUCGCACGGCGGUGAUUCAGAAAGACCUGCACCGCUUCCACAUGUGCAAGCCACCGCCGCGCAUAGGCGACACGACCGGCUACAAGCGGUCCCGCGCAGCGCAGUUGACGACGUGGUACCGCCGCAUCCAGUACCAGGAGUACCAUCUGCAGCACCUUUUUACGCGGCAUGUGUGGGGUUUGGUGCGCGCGUACCCGGGAAACACGACGAAGAUACAAGGGAAGGCCGAUGACGGCUACGUUGGGUACGACAGCGUGCCUUAUCACCGCUACAACCGCACCCCGCUGCCUUUCCCAGCCCGCGAGAUUUACGGGAGGAGGGAAUAA